AUUUCUCAAAACAUUUUUGUUUUUUUGGGUUUUGAAACGUUACCCGUGCGAGUAAACAAGUAGAAAUAUCGAUUGUCUGGUCCACAUAUGGCCAGAAGUACUGAACCAAGUAUCCAGCUUUUAAUACAAAGAAGGAGCCAUGUGGGUGGUGGCCUUCCAACCCCAACCCAGGAGUUAAAUAUUUCCUCCCCCAACGUUCACUGGACCCUCCGGUCGGUGUGGUCAUUAUAAUUAUCAUUGAUCGCCAGGGACUAAAAGCUAUCCAUCUUUCUUUGCGACUUGCCAUAUAUUGAGCUCUGCCCUUGGGUUUGAAUUUUGAAUUCUUCUUUGAAAUGCGUGUCUGUGACUCGCGUGGUGUCUAAUACUUCACCUUUUUGUUCCUCCUCCCUUUCCUUUCAUCAGCUGUGAAGGGAGGAGAGUUCUUCCAAGCUUGUUGAAGCUCUAGGUCAAGCAAUGCCGAGGUCGAGAGGGUCGGAGAUGCCGCAGCGGCAGUCGCCACGGGCGCCGCUUCAUCUGAAGACCACUGCCUGCUCUGAGGCCAAUGGCAUUCACCGCCACAUGGUGGACCGAAGUCCGAAGCUGGAGGACCGGCGCUCGCCUCGCAGCCCCCUCCACGAGAAGAAGAGGGGCACCAGGGUGGCGGACUUGGAGACGAAGCUCACCCGAGCCCAAGAGGAGCUUAAGAAGCUAAGGGAGCAGCUGGCCUCCACCGAGGUCGCCAAGAAGGAAGCCCAGGUAGCACUCGAGGAAGCGAAGAAGCGAGUCCCGGCCGCCGCCGCCACCUCCCCCCAAAGCUCAGAAGAAGAGAAGCCGCCGCCUCUGUCCUUAAAAGAAGAGACCGAGACUGGUACUCGAGGCCUGGAUUCGCAGGAGAAGAGCGAGCAGACGGUGGAGAAGGAAUUGCCGGAUUCCAGAUCUGAGGAGGAGAGCGUCAACUCCCCUGCUACUGAUGUGUUUGAAGUGGCAGUCUCGCCAGCUCCGGUCCCAACUGAGCCGAUCCGCAAAGAAAACGAGGUUGGGAAUGAUGACGGGGAAGCAGUGGAGGAGAAGGAAGAGGAAGAGACGAAGGCAAUGAUGGAGAAAGAUGGCGAGAUCGAGAUGCCUGCAACAGAGAAAAAGGAAGCGGAAGAGGACAGCAGGCCUAUCGAGAUCGCCGAGAGCUCAGAGGUAGUGGAACUCAAAGCCAAGCUAUUGGAGAAGGAGAAGGAACUGGAAAAUUUGUCUGCAGAGAAUGAGAGCCUGAAGAAGAAAGCAGCGGAGGUGUCGGAGAGUGUCAUGGCCGCCGCGAGAGCUAAAGAAGAGGAGCUGGGUGUGAAGCUGGGCUCAGCGGAGGAGGAGCUGAGGGAGAGCCGGGCAAAGGCGGAGAGGCUGCAGGAGAAGCUGGAGGCGGCGGAGGGGGCGAGGACGACGCUGGAGGCGGAGAUGAAGCGGCUGAGGGUUCAGACGGAGCAGUGGCGCAAGGCAGCCGAGGCGGCAGCUGCGGUGCUGGCGGCCGGGGAGGGGCCGGGAGUGGAGAUGAUGGGGGAAAGAAGGGUGGCGGAACGGUGCGGUUCCAUGAACAAACACCUUGGUACCGGCAGCGGGGGAUUCGCAGGGUGGGGAUCGCCGCUGAUGGGCGGGGAGAUGGAUGAUGAGGGUAUUGGGGGAGGGAAGAGGAGGGGGACCGGAAUUCGAAUGUUCGGAGAUCUCUGGAAGAAGAAGGGGCAGCAGAAGUAGAAUUGUGGAGGUGUCCAUCAACCCUUUGGAACAAUCUUCUUCUUUUUCUCCUUUGCUUAUUAUUAUUUUGUUUUGUUAACUGCUUCGUAUGUUGUACUGCUUCUGUUAUUGUUGGUAAGGGCGCAACCAACCAGCCAAGUUGUUUUGGUAUCUGGAGUUGGCUUUGAGAGCUUUGGGAGAUGGAGUUAGCUUGGAUGUGUUGCCGAUCUAAACUAGUUUAGCUAAUGGAAUUGCUACAUAAUUUAGAAUA